CAGGGCUUCGUAUACAGUGGCUGUGCAGUUACUGUAAUUACUUUAACUGACCUCAGUGGUGUGUGUAAGGAGAACAGCCCAGAAGGCAGGCCCAGAUGGGGCAUCCUUUGUUCUGAGUUGGACGUAAAUUCACGCCCUUACUGAACUUGGGUCUAGCUACUUUGGGAACCCAGCCAAUGUCAAAUUCUAAUCAUGACAUGGUCUUUUUGGAGUAGCAUGAACUCAGGAGAAAUCUGGCUCUUUGUCGAGCCCUCACCCCAUCCAUCCUGCAUGCAGACUGUUCCAAGUAACAGGAGAUGUUCUAGGCAGGGCCACGCCAAGCUAUUCCUUCUUUGGAGAGUGAUCCAGUGACACUGAACGUCUGUUGGCCGCCUCUCCCCAACGCCUGCAGUCUCUGGCCCCUGAGUGCCCCUCCUUCCAUCCGCCUUCUACAGCUAGAGCCUCAGCCCUCCCUCUCGCCUGGAAGCCUUUCCCCCGCCCCCUUGUGCUGCCUCCAGCUCUGGCUCUAGGCUCUUCCUUUGUCAUAGCUCCGCCCAGUCGGGACACACUCGCUGGGGAAGUUUUCUGUGUUUCUUCCCUACUCACGCUGGGUCUAAGCUGGCAGAGAUGGACCAUCCAAAACCCAGGGUUUUCCUAGCCAGGCACCACUGCCCCUUCCUAGGAAUGCGGGCCUUGGGGGCUGGCAGUGUGAGGUUCUCUGUGCCGCCCUCCAUCAGGUAGAUGUCAUCAAGGAUCCAUGGGCUGAAGGAGCAUGUUUUUGUGCCGGGUGGGGCUGUCAUGCAUGGAGCCAGGCAGCAGUGGAGGGCAAAGCUUUGAGUGAGGCAGCACAGACAGUCGUAACUAUGGCGUGUGGAGCCACUGGGUGGGGACAUUUUCACCCUCACCGUCACCAGCCUUCUGCCUGCGUGGAAAUGCAGCAACUCUCACUUGACUGUCACUCUGGAGCUUGGCUGCCUGCCCUCUGAUGCCUCUUGCCCCUACCCCGUGCAGCAGGAACCCUGCCAUGGUGAACGAACCCAGAGGGAAUGACGGCCCCCACCCCCGCUCGGAGGGCAGCAGUAGUGGCAGCGAGAGCUCCAGGGAUAGUUCGAGAUGUUCCACCCCGGGGCUGGACCCCGAGCGGCAUGAGAGACUCAGGGAGAAGAUGAGGCGGAGGAUGGAUUCUGGUGACAAGUGGUUCUCCCUCGAAUUCUUCCCUCCUCGGACUGCCGAGGGAGCUGUCAAUCUCAUCUCAAGGUUUGACCGCAUGGGGGCAGGUGGCCCCCUCUUCGUAGAUGUGACUUGGCACCCAGCAGGGGACCCUGGCUCCGACAAGGAGACCUCCUCCAUGGUGAUCGCCAGUGCCGCUGUGAACUACUGUGGCCUGGAGACCAUCCUGCACAUGACCUGCUGCCAUCAGAGCCGGGAGGAGAUCACUGGCUAUCUGCACAAGGCCAAGCGGCUGGGCCUGAAGAACAUCUUGGCGUUGAGGGGAGACCCCAUAGGUGACGAGUGGGAGGAGGAGGAAGGAGGCUUCAGCUAUGCUGCAGACCUGGUGAAGCACAUCCGAAGCGAGUUUGGUGACUACUUUGACGUCUGUGUGGCAGGUUACCCCAAAGGCCACCCUGACGCAGGGAGCCUUGAGGCCGACCUGAAGUACUUGAAGGAGAAGGUGUCUGCGGGAGCCGACUUCAUCAUCACUCAGCUUUUCUUUGAGGCUGACACGUUCUUCCGUUUUGUUAAGGCUUGCUCCGAGAUAGGCAUUACCUGCCCCAUCCUCCCCGGCAUCUUUCCUAUUCAGGGCUACCACUCCCUUCGGCAGCUUGUGAAGCUGUCCAAGCUGGAGGUGCCGCAGCAGAUCAAGGAUGUGAUCGAGCCGAUCAAAGACAACGACGCUGCCAUCCGCAGCUAUGGCAUCGAGCAGGCCGUGAGCCUGUGCCGGGAGCUUCUGGCAAGUGGCUUGGUGCCGGGCCUCCACUUCUAUACCCUCAACCGCGAGGUAGCCACCAUCGAGGUGCUGAAGCGUCUGGGCCUGUGGAUCGAGGACCCCAGGCGUCCCCUGCCCUGGGCUGUCAGUGCCCACCCCAAGCGCCGGGAGGAAGAUGUACGUCCCAUAUUCUGGGCCUCCAGGCCGAGGAGUUACAUCUACCGCACCCAGGACUGGGAUGAGUUCCCCAACGGCCGCUGGGGCAACUCCUCCUCACCGGCCUUCGGGGAGCUGAAGGACUACUACCUCUUCUACCUCAAGAGCAAGUCCCCGAGGGAAGAGCUGCUAAAGAUGUGGGGCGAGGAGCUGACCAGUGAAGAGAGUGUCUUUGAAGUCUUUGCCUGCUACCUCUCGGGAGAGCCCAACCAGAACGGCUACAAAGUGACUUGCCUGCCCUGGAAUGACGAGCCCUUGGCAGCUGAGACGAGCCUGAUGAAGGAGGAGCUGCUGCGAGUGAACCGGCAGGGCAUCCUCACCAUCAACUCCCAGCCCAACAUUAACGGGAAGCCGUCCUCCGACCCCACUGUGGGCUGGGGCCCCAGCGGGGGCUAUGUCUUCCAGAAGGCCUACUUAGAGUUCUUCACCUCCCGCGAGACAGUGGAAGCGCUUCUGCAAGUGCUGAAGAAGUAUGAGUUCCGGGUCAACUACCACAUCGUCGAUGUGAAGGGUGAAAACAUCACCAAUGCCCCUGAGCUGCAGCCCAACGCCGUCACUUGGGGCAUCUUCCCUGGGCGAGAGAUCAUCCAGCCCACAGUGGUGGAUCCUGUCAGCUUCAUGUUCUGGAAGGAUGAGGCCUUCGCCCUGUGGAUCGAGCAGUGGGGCAAGCUGUAUGACGAGGAGUCCCCGUCACGCAUGAUCAUCCAGUACAUCCACGACAACUACUUCCUGGUCAACCUGGUGGACAAUGAGUUUCCGCUGGACAACUGCCUGUGGCAGGUGGUGGAAGACACAUUUGAGCUUCUCAACAGGCCCAUCCCGAAUGAGAGGGAGAUGGAGGCUCCGUGACUCUGCACCAACAUCCUUAAUUUGAGGCUGCUAUGUCCCACCUCCCUCCUCCCCAGUCCUGGUUCUCCUGGGGACCCCUGUUCUCCUUCAUUUCUCCCCAAGCCCUGGCCUCCACUUCCCCACAUGAUGAUGGCAGCUAGACUGGUGUGAGGCUUCUGGGCUCUGGCUGGACCUGAGUCAGCCCCACGCGGAGCCCUGUGUUCCCUGCUCAGCCAGGACUUGUGCUCUUUUGUGGGGAGCACCUCCGUCCUGCAGAGGAGCACGGUGGGCGGAGCAGCAUCCUCCCUGAGAGGGGAGACCAGCUGUUGGAUGAGCCCUGGCACCAGGGCAGCCCCUGGGAGCCUGCCUGGGACUGCAGUGACCUUGCACUUAGGACCUGUGGAGGACGGGCAGAGUGAACACAGGCAGCAGGCACGGUGGUUUUCCGGGGGGACAUGGCGAA